AUGGGAUGGAAAGAAUUCCGAAAUGAAGUGCUAAGGGUUGCAGCUUUUACUAUAUAUCCCACACUGGAGCUCUAUGUAUAUUUUGUUUUCGUUGGGAUCCUGUGCCUGGAAGAUACAGAAUUUGAUUCCUGGAUGAUCUUUGUCCUAUUUGUUGCUUAUCACGUAAUAGUAACAUACAAGGCAAUGUUUUACAUGAAGCUCUUCAUAAAUGAAGGAACAAGUACUCUAGAGAUAUUUCCGGAUAUCCCUCAAGACGGGUAUGACAUGAAGCUCAAAGGAAUGAACAAGUUUGUAGAGGAAGAAAUGAUGAAGCAAACCAUUGCAAAAAUUAAACUAUGCAGCAAGUGUAAGACAUACAAGCCUCCCAGGUCUCACCACUGUGGAACAUGUAAAAGAUGUUAUCUCAAGUAUGAUCACCAUUGUGCACUACUAAACACUUGUAUUGGGUUCCAUAACUAUAAGUUCUUUUAUCAGUUCAUGAUUCUAAACCUGGUUUCUGUUAUUUUUUUCAUUGUGACCAUUUUUAUUUAUAUGACGCUAGGGAUCCCAAAGACCAAGGGUCAUUGGGUGAACUACAUAGUGUCGAUGUCAUUGAUGGGAAUCGAGUUUGUCUUUAAUUUGUCCCUUCUGAUAUUCCACACAUGGCUUAUAGGAAUGAAUGAAACAACAAUAGAACACUAUGCCCUCAAUGAUUACGUCACUGGAGAUCACUCUCUGAGCCAUAUAUUUCAAGAAGGCCCAAUGACAACAUUAACAGAUUCUAUAGACCGAAGAACUCUGAAUCCUUACAAUCUUGGAUGGAAGCAAAAUUGGAAACAAGUUUUUGGAACAGACCCUUUGGAUUGGGUGACACCUAGCUAUUCUACAGUAGGAAAUGGAAUAUCAUUCCCCAAAAACUACGACGAGUAUGAUAUAAUCUAG